CGGCAGGGUAGAGAGUGCGGUGCUGUGGGGGGUGAAAUGGCCAGAAGGGUUCACUGGUGGAGGGCUGAGCGCUAACACGACGUCUGGCCCGCUCUACAGGUAUCUGCUGUAUGCCUUUCCAUAAUAAAUCGGGCACCAAUGGAAACCAAGGAUGAGACUGCUAAGGACAGAAUACCCAGGAUUGAUGUCUAUGGAUUUGAAAGGCCUAAAGGAUUCGAUUACACAUUUUAUGAAGACUUUAAUUCCAGAUACUUGGUAGUUCUCACCAGAAGAGCUAUAAAAUGGUCAAAACUCUUGCAAAAGUCUACAGCUGUUGAGAAGAGCCUGAAAGUAAAGAGAUAUAUUAGGAAAGGCAUUCCUAAUGAACAUCGCUGCCACGUGUGGAUGUUAGUGAGUGGAGCACAGGCCCGAAUGGAGAAGAACCCAGGAUACUAUCAUAAUGUAUUAGUGGAGGGAAAGAAGAAUGCAAAGCUUGUGGAUGCUGUUGUCACAGAUUUGAACAGAACAUUUCCUGAUAAUGUGAAGUUCCGUAAAGAUGCAAGCCAUUGUUUACAGCCAACUCUACACAAUGUUUUAGUGGCUUAUGGCCACCAUAAUAGCAGUGUGGGCUAUUGCCAGGGUAUGAAUUUUAUCACUGGAUACCUUAUUUUGGUUACUAAAGACGAAGAAAAGGCCUUCUGGUUGUUAGAUGCUCUUCUUGGACAAAUUUUGCCCGAUUAUUACAGCCCUGCGAUGAUCGGUCUUAAAGUAGACCAGGAGGUCCUGGGAGAUUUCGUAAAAUUGAAGAUCCCAGCUGUGGCUGAUUUAAUGGAGAAACAUGAUGUGAUGUGGACUCUUGUGGUCUCCCGAUGGUUUAUUUGCUUGUUCAUAGACAUUCUUCCGGUAGAGACUGUGCUCCGAAUAUGGGACUGUUUAUUUUACGAGGGAUCGAAAAUAAUUUUUCGAGUAGCCUUAACACUAAUAAAACAGUACCAAGCUUUCAUAUUGGAAAGCCAAAACUUCCCAGAUGUGUGUGACAAGUUCAAGGAGAUAACCAAAGGACAGUUAGUCACAGAAUGCCACCUCUUCAUGCAGAAAAUCUUUGUUGAGCCAGGAAGUUUAUCGAGAACUACGAUAAACAAGCUACGAGAGAAACACCGAUCACAGUUACUAACUCAGGAAUAAUGGCAGAUUGGACAAUUCUGAUCAAUGCAUUCCUUCAAUAUAAUGUUUGCACAGAUUAUCCCCUCCCUAUGUGGUGGAGUACAAUAUGCUGUAUAUAGCAAGGUGAAAUCCUGGCAGUGAGGGGUUAACAAAUGACACUGACUGUUAGCACAGGUCUUAGACCUGUCUAAGUGCUUUAAUCACUUGUUUUGUACUGUACUGGUAGACUUGACCAGUUUUUUUUUGUGUGUGA